AUGGGGAAGCAGAAUAGCAAACUGGCUCCCGAAGUGAUGGAAGAUCUGGUGAAGAGCACGGAAUUUAAUGAACAUGAACUCAAGCAGUGGUACAAAGGGUUUCUAAAAGAUUGCCCUAGUGGAAGACUGAACCUAGAGGAAUUUCAGCAGCUUUAUGUUAAGUUUUUCCCCUAUGGAGAUGCUUCCAAGUUCGCCCAACAUGCUUUCCGAACCUUUGAUAAGAAUGGGGACGGCACCAUUGACUUCAGAGAGUUCAUCUGCGCACUCUCCAUCACUUCGAGGGGCAGCUUUGAACAGAAAUUAAACUGGGCCUUUAAUAUGUACGACUUAGAUGGAGAUGGGAAAAUCACCAGGGUGGAGAUGCUGGAAAUUAUAGAGGCCAUUUAUAAAAUGGUGGGCACUGUAAUAAUGAUGAAAAUGAAUGAAGAUGGUCUCACACCAGAGCAACGAGUAGACAAGAUUUUCAGCAAAAUGGAUAAGAACAAAGAUGACCAGAUCACGUUGGAUGAAUUCAAAGAAGCCGCAAAGAGUGACCCUUCCAUCGUAUUACUUCUGCAAUGUGACAUUCAGAAAUGAGCUUGUAUAAAAUGCUUUCAUGGACUGCACAGAAGUUUAAAUGUUCCAUUCAGUUUGCAGCUAUCUAUACAACACACACACACACA